AUGCGCCUUUACAGAGUGUACUCCACCCUACAAAUGGAUUCUGUAUGGUUCCAUAGGUGCGAAAUGCACAUCGUUCUCAGACUUCUUUUGGCCAUGGUAGCCGCAGCCACAGCUUUCACCAACAGCGACUUUUUCGUGCGAUCAGCAAAAUGGAUCCCAUCCGGCGGUGCCGGCCUCGUGUCCGGAAGGGGUAACUUCAGACCGGGUUUCACCGGACGUGACUGGAGAAGUGCGAUAGCUGAGCCCAACUUCAACAAGAGAUCGAUGGACUCGUGGUACAGCGAAGAGUACUAG